AUGACCCCAGUGCCUGUGGUCGAUAGUGAACGGUCAUCCUUGCCUCCUAACAUGGUUAACACGUCUCUGACGCCCCGCUCGGACCGACGCGGCGCGGCGGCAGCCAAUGGCGAAGGCUCCUCGCGACGCACUACGCAAACACAAUCUCCCCGAAAAGCCACUACCACGUCAAAUCCGAGAAAGCGGCGGUUGCUGGACGCCGAUGAUGCUUCUUCUACCCCGAAGACCAAGGCUAAGGGCACUUCUUCCCGCAAAAGUCUGUCGGCAGCGCAAGCCACUACCGAUUCCAAGAAAUCUGACGCUAACCAAGCGGAUCCGCCCAAACGAAGAAGCAGACACAACAACCUGGAACCGUUAUUAGAACUCCCCAACGAUUGGGGGAGUCGUGGCAAGUUUGAGGCGCAGCCCCAAAUCUCCCCCCGGGCUAUUCUUGAGAUGUGGGAGGCGGAAGAGUUAGCGCGUAUCGCGGCCGGCGAGGGCAGCUCUGAUGAAGACGAUGACAGUGAAGAAGAGGAAGACAGUGAAGAAGAAGAUGAUAGUGAUGAUGAAGAAGAUGAAGAAGAUGAAGAUGAAGAAGAUGAAGAAGAAGAUGUCGUCAAAGCUUCCAAACGUCGUGCGACACGUCCGCGUAAAGCGGCGCCAUCCCCAAAGAAAUCUUCAUCGAAAUCGCGCAAUUCCCGUGCUCCACAGAAACCAGCUACCACUAAGGCUCGUCGUCGACCGUCGACUACCGAAAACCGCACCAUCGACUCCUACAUGUCGACUGAUCACUCGAAGACUAAUGGUCGGGCUAGUGGUCGUGCGGGGACUUCCAAACUGAAAGCCAGUGUCGACAAUGCUACGCGGCAAAAGUCGUCUCAACUGAAGACAAGUUCAACCAAAACAAGUCACUCGAAACCCUCCAAACUGGACAAGAAAAGCUCGACUCAACCCAAAUUGCCGCAGCCUUCCCAAACCGUGACUACACGACCUGAGCCUAGUAAGGUGGUUCCAGAUCAACAGCUGUCUUACCAGCCGGUGCCCAUCAACGGAACUUCUGUGCAAAGUCCUUAUCAUCCUGUUUCAGAGCAAAGCUUUCAACAAAGACCGGCAGGGGUUUAUGGAACUCAUAAUACUGUUUCCUCUCUGCAACUGCUACCUAAUACUGCAUCUCAACAUAGGGCGAUGCCAUCUCCUGUGCAACCCUCUCAACUGAGAUUUGCCCCACUUCCGCAGCUGAAUGUGCUGCACCCGCCUGGACAAGUCCAACAAUCGUUGUAUUCUGCUGUACCGCAACAAACAAGCGUGGAUCGCAACACUGGGGGUAAGAGCUCUGACUUGAGUCUGAUUGUGAACAAAAUUAAUGGUUACUACCAUCACCAACGACCGGAUGGGUAUCGUGACCCAAGGUCGGAUCAAGUCCGUGAGCAGCAUUACUCCCCUCCGGGAGUUCAUGUCACACCGGGUGCUAAUCUGACCCCGGGAGCGGUUCUGACGCCUGGGGCGAGGGCAAACCCAACUGGUGCGCAGUACUAUUCUCCACCAAAGACGAGUGCAACCCCAGCCAUUUCGCAGUACUAUUCUCCACCUAAGGCGACUGUCAACCAUCGUUACCCUCCUUCAACAAGAUCUGCAAACCCAACCAGUGAUCAUUUCUACCCUCAAGCAAAUCCGGUGGCGCCUCAACCAAGAGCACACGUGCCCUUAGCUCGCGAACGCAAUUUCCCGGAGCUGGGUGUUAGUGGGGGAUCUCCAUCAGUGACUGCGCCACUGGUGGCUGCAACCGACAUUUCUGAUGACGACCGCUCAACGCCCACGCCUCAACUCCCUCCUCCCGCAAAUACACCCAAGCAGCAGCAUCUUGAAAUAACGCAACAAGCUUCUUCAGUGUCUCCGGUGCUCCCGAGAGUUCCUGCAAACCUCAAUAAUGAACCAAACCAUCCCAUUACUUCGGCGAGACCCUCUAUUACGUCCGCUUAUUCAGCGCCUUCUGCUCACUCGACUCAACCCGUCCCCAGUACUCAGGCUGUUCGACCUCCUCAGAUUGCUCAACCUCCUCAAACCACAGUGCCUGCUCAAUUCACUCCUUCUGAUCCCUCUGGUCACCCCGGUCGGACUAGUCCUUCUGCUCCUCCUGGUACUUCUGACACUUAUGGUUCUCCUGGUCCUGAUGCUCCUUCUAGUCCUGAUGCUCCCACUAGUCCUCCUGCUCCUCCUGGUUCUCCCCAAACGCAACAACAACCGCUACGUUCUACCGAGUUGGGUCACACUUCCAUGUUGUCGUCUCGCCCUCAGCUUCCCCAAGUUCCCCUGGUGGUUCAUGUGCCAGUGCAAUUUGGAGCAGGUGCGGCUGCGACGAAGAGCAGCGUUGACAAUCAGUUGACGCAGUACACGGAUCUUGUGACCGGUAUGCAAGCAAGGGAUGACUUAUUGAUUGGCUUAUUGGCCCAAAAUGUGGAUAACCAGAAAUCGCAAAUGGCUGACCUUAUGCAAACUAUGAGCAAAUACGUGGACAGUACUCAAAAAGAGCUCUCUGAGUUGCGGGCCAAAGUUGAGGCGAGUGAACAACGUCUCGCUCAGCUCCAGGCGGCACCACAAUCACAAGUUGACCCGCCGGCGCUGAUGUCAAUGGCGCUCGUACCCACUCAGAGUUCAGGUGCUGGUGAUACCCUCGCAGAGGAAGAUGAGUACGAUCAGAGCUUAAACCACGAAUUUUUCAUGGCGGAUCGUUAUGCGGGGCAGGAAUUGGUGUACAAGUUCGGGGAUAUUCUACGUUACGUUGAUGAAAUCAAAACUAAAAAACAAUGUCCAUUUCCUCCCACUGGUCGUGAUUGUCUGAGUCUGAUUUGGAUCAAACAUUGCAUGUUCGUCUGCACUUGGGCGGGACUCCACCGGGUACAAGACCGUCGUGUUAUUCUGGAUGGCAUUGUGAGCAACGCGGUGAAGUGUCGUCUAGGAAAGCGGGGAUGCCCGUUUUUAUUCGAAGUUCGCGAGAUUGGGGAUCAAGUUUUCGUGACGAGUAACCAUAUGGCGCAUGAUGCCGAAUGUCCCCAUCAGAAGAAGCAUGAAGCUAAAAUUAAAAGCGGGGAACCGAUCAAACAGAUUCCGCGUGAGGAGUUGAGCAUGUUGUACGACUCUUUCAAGAAUCCACCGACAGACCCCGAAAAGCUCGGCAAGAAAAUCGACAAAUACUUUGGAUUCCAGCCCCCUAAUCUGCUGUGCACUCUGAUCAUUCGUGAGAAGACAAACAAGAAGGGUCGUCGAGACCUUUCCGAACCGUCAUAUGCCGAACCAAGUGAAGAUAGCGACGACGAAUAUUAA